UUGUGAUUUACAUCCUCCUGGGAAGAGUAAUUAUUUUAUGAGUCACUCCUUCCGUUGUCUAGUUAUCUGCUUAUCUUGAUGAUUUGUGGCAUGGAGGAUUCCGCUAUUCACUACACCAUCCACUGUCACUUGUGUUUCUCAGAACCUCUAUCCUUCAAAGAAGUCCAUUACUAAAAGAAAUGGCCACUGUCGUGCCAAAACUCGCCGUAGGCAUUUUACCCAACCGCGAUCGGCCAUACUGCCGUAAACCAUCGUACCUAUUCCAUCCGCUCACCAACACCAAUCUACAAGCCCCGGGCUAUGCAAUCUCCACCAAUACUGUUUCUGGGAUCACUCGUGACCGGAGAAGGUUCAUUUUCCGGGCCACAGAGGUUUCGGUGGCGGAAGGGCCGUCGGCAUCGGGAGGCGGAGGGGAAAGUGAAGGGAAAACGAACAACUGGGUGCCGGUUGUGCCCCUGGCCGCUUUGCCGAAAGGAGAGCGGCGCGUGAUCUCUCAAGACGGGGAGACUAUACUGCUGCUUUGGUAUAAAGAUGGCGUCUUUGCCGUUGAGAACCGAUCCCCGGCAGAAGGCGCUUACAGUGAAGGCCUUCUCAAUGCCAAGCUUACUCAGGAUGGUUGUAUUGUUUGCCCAACAACUGACAGCACGUUCGACUUGCGGACUGGAGAAAUAAAAGAAUGGUACCCUAAAAACCCGGUGUUGAGAUUUCUGUCACCUGCAUUGCGAAAACUGCUCGUGUAUCCUGUCCAGAUAGACAGCGAAAAUAUAUACAUCAGCACAACACGAGUAAAAACCGAUGCUACCACUGAGAUUGUAUUCAGUGGAAAGGCUCAACCCGGUAUUACAUCUACUGAUGUCAAUGUGGAAGAGGUAACGAAAGCCGUUAGGUGAGGAUGGUGAUUGAUGAGGGUCAAGAGGCAUUUGGAUUCUCCAGAAAGAAUGAGUUCAUAAACGGAAAAGCUGCUGCAAUUGGCUUUCUACUGCUGCUAGAUUUUGAACUUCUUACCGGUAAAGGUCUUCUUGGAGGAACAGGAGUGUUGGACUUCAUUUAUUCAUUCUCCAAUUUUCUAAAAUGAAUUCCCAUGUAAUUUAGGGACACUAUCUCAUCUCACACGGGCAGCAUAUCUUGUGGGAAGUAAUGUAAUCUAACUUCCAAUCUCAUCUGAUACACAAAACGGGGAGUGAUUGUGAUAUUCAUGCCAUCACUUUUCAACUACAAAUGAUAGGAAAUACAUUUAUUUGUGUUGUAUAGUGCAUAUUUAAUAUGUGGACCGAUAAACACGUGUAAAAGGAUCC